AUGAUGACCCACGUCGACCUCUCCCAAUACCCCAAAGUCGAUCUCGCUUUCAUUGGAGGCACAGGUCUCUCCAAAGUCGAAGGUCUCUCUAACAUUCAAACCAUUGAACCUUUUGAAACUCCUUUCGGAAAACCCUCUUCACCCAUUGUGAUUGGACACAUUCAGGAUUUGUGUGUGGCUUUCUUGGCUCGUCAUGGUCUCUCUCAUUCCAUUCAACCGACCGAUGUUCCAUAUAGAGCCAAUAUUUAUGCAUUGAAAAUGUUGGGUGCUUCGUAUUUGGUCUCUUUCGGAGCUGUCGGUUCUCUUCAGGAAGAAUUGGCUCCAAAACACUUUGUGGUGGUGGAUCAAUUCAUUGACCGUACUAAAUUCCGUCAAUCUGAAAAUACAUUCUAUGAUAGUGAGGGUUUGGUGGCUCAUGUUUCUUUUGGAGAACCAACUUGCAAGCAAUUGAGUCAAAUUGUGUUACAAAGUUGUCAAAAAAUUAGUGAAAUUCCACGUGUGCACUCGAGUGGUACCUAUGUGUGUAUGGAAGGACCUUGUUUCUCAUCACGUGCAGAGAGUAAAAUGUAUCGAAUGUGGGGAGGAAGUGUCAUUGGAAUGACCUGUUUGCAAGAAGCCAAGUUAGCCCGAGAGGCUGAAAUGGCAUUUGCUUGUGUGGCCAUGGUCACUGAUUAUGAUGCUUGGAAAGAUGAUGCUGAACCUGUCACUGUUGAAGAAGUGGUCAAGAUUUUACACGACAAUGGAGACAAUGGAAGAAGAGUGAUUCAACAUGUGGCCGCCAAUUUUAAAAAGUUUGAAUCAUCGGCUCAUUCUGCCAUGAAGUUUGCCUUGUUGAAGCCAGCAAGUAGUUUGAGUGAUGAUUUGCAGAAGAAGUAUCACGCUAUUUUGCACAAGUAUUACUAA